AUGCAAAGUUUGGAAAAUUUAAAAGUUGUUGUUGAUUAUUCGGAACAUGGAAACUCUGAUUCAAAUAAUUCUAAUAGUGCCGUUAUUGCUUUAGAACGAACCAAAAAAGAAAGAUUGAGUAUUAUUCCUAAAGAAUACGAAAAUGAUGAGGAUGUGAGGUGGUUAUUAAAAUAUUUUAAUGAGCCAGAACAGUUGAUUGAUGAAAGUGUAGAGAGUCGUAGAGACAGAUUAGCUAAAUUUUUAUAUGCUAAUAAAAAUCUUCUUUACCGCUUGAAGGAAUUUAACCCAUUAAAUACUAGUGACAGAACUGAAAAUAAUCAAGAUUAUAUCAAUCCUAAAGAGGAAGAAUCCGAUAAUAAUGAAGCGGAAGAGGAAGAAGAAGAUUUUUAUACGCCAGCCACGGAUGAAUUGAUUCAAGCAAGAAAAUACAUUAUAAAAUACUCAUUGAUUGAAUCAGAACAAAGAUUAAAGAAACAAAAAAAUAUGGCCAGUAAAAUAGACAUUCCAACUGAGAUUAAAAGAAGAAGAGCUUACAACAAACAAUUGCAAAGUUUUAGUUUAGUUGGGUCACAGAUAGCGUCUACAAGACCAGUUUCUAAAAUUAGUAUAUCACCAAAGGGUAACUAUUUUGCAACAGGCAGUUGGGCUGGUGAUGUGAAGAUAUUAGAUGUCAACUCUUUAGAUAUAAUUCAUAAUUCAUCUUCUGGGCCAGUAACAGUGGCAACUGGAGGGAAAAUUGGUGGUUUGGAUUGGAACCACACAGGUUCCCACUUAGUCAGUGGAUCAGAAAACACUUAUAUUAGCAUAUACCACUAUCAAAAUGAUCUAAAUGUAUUUAAAGCCAUAAGUUCUUUUAAAGCUCAUGAUCAAAGAGUAGUAACCACUAAAUUUCACCCUUCUGACAAAUAUAUCGCAAGUGCGUCCUUUGACACUACAUGGAAAUUAUGGGAUUUAGAGACCUCAAAAGAGUUGUUAUUACAAGAGGGACAUGCUAAGGAAGUUUACAGUCUUGCAUUCCAGCGAGAUGGUGCUCUUGUCUGUACAGGCGGGUUAGAUAAUUUGGCAAUGUUAUGGGAUCUAAGGUCUGGUUCCCUAUUGAUGACUUUGUCCGGUCAUGUAAAACCAAUCUAUACGAUGGAUUGGUCACCAAACGGAUAUAAUCUAGCAACAGGGAGUGGUGAUGGCUCUAUUCAUAUUUGGGAUCUUAGAAAACCAGGUAUCUGUGGCAAAAUAUUAGCUCAUAAUAAUAUUGUUACCUCAGUUCAAUUUGAACCGGUAAAUGGGGAAUGUUUGAUUUCAUCAAGUUAUGAUAAAACAAUAAAUAUUUUUAGUAGUGGGAACUGGAACAAAUUAACUUCAUUAAAAGGACACACUGAUAAAAUCUUAGACGUUAGUUUUACAAACAAUUCACAAUAUAUCAUCAGUAGUGGAUGGGAUCGAUCAGUAAAACUGUGGGAAAUGAAAUGUUGA